CACAGCUUUCUGGUGGAUUCCGCUGGACAGUCGUCACCGUAUGGGAGGGAGGAGGUUGAUAGGGCUGUGCUGUGUUACGCUGGCUCCCCUCAAUCCACCGUGGAACCUCUUGUUUGGCUGGGCCUCUUGUCAGCCCUGGUUUGCGGGGAGAGACGGAAUUGCGAGGCGCGUCUCGCAAGCAGCAGCAGCUGGACAAACCAUAUCUCUGCCAUUUUGUUUCAAUCAGGCCACUUUUCGGCACUGGCGCAUCCUACACGAGGAGUUGGACCGCGACGUCAACAACGGAACAAUGACUUGAACUGGAAUGAAGUUUGAACUCCGACUUCGUUUUUAAACUGCAAGUGCACCACGCUGGUUGUGUUCGGAGCUGAUGCCCACCCACCGCUGAAUGCAGAAUGUGCUCGAUGAACCAUCCGAACAACUGGGUCACCUUCGAGGACGAGGGGACACCCGUCUCCUCCCCUCCCAAGCAGACCUCCUCCACCCCCCGCUCCCUACCUCGACCAAACGGCCUCAAGCUGGUGCUGCCUCCCCUUGGUGGAGAGCAGUCCUGGAGCUUCACCGGUCCCCUCGAGUCUCCACAGAUACACUAUGGCCUCAACGGCAGCACCUGUGUGCCCAGCAACACCCCCAUGUGCACGCCCAUCAGAGAGACCCCCUCUAGCGACUCCCCGUUCAACUUCGGGCCCCGGGGCCUGGAUCUGUUCAGCAAAGUCUCCAGUUCGCCUCCUUCUUCUUCCACUCUGUCCUCGUCUGGCCUUGGGCAGGCCACCACCACAGUAACCCAGUCCACCUCCGAGAGCUCCAGCCCCUUCCCAUCUUUCCAGGACGACCCCGGUCACUGCAACCCCUUCUGGGGCGACGCCACCAGCCAGAACGCGGAGGACUCCAGCUCCUCCUCGGAUUCAGAGUCCGGCGGCUCCACCCUGCCGCGCUUCUUCAUCCGCACCAAAGAGGGCUACGAGCCACCCCCCGUGACGCACCUGCAGAGCUCCUACUCCUACAUCUGCCACAAGCUGGAGAGGCUCCGUGCUGUUGAGGGGCAGGACGUAGACCGCAAUGACUCAGAACAGGACAGCAAGGGAAACAACAACAACAACAACACACCAAGCGGGUUGGGAGACGAAAGGGAAGACGACGGUGACAACGUCAAUGACAAUGAGGGAAUUCGCGGGACACUUCUGUCGGUUCCGCGGGGGCUGUUUCGCAGCCAGCGGCGGCACGGCUGGCCACUCAUGCUGCGCAUCCCGGAGAAGAAGAACCGCAUGUCGUCGCGGCAGUGGGGGCCCGUCUACCUGAUGCUGCUGCCUGGCGGCGUUCUGCAGCUCUACUACGAGAAGGGCCUGGAGAAGCCAUUCAAGGAGUUCCAGCUGCUGCCACACUGCCGCCUGGCAGGCCCCAAGCUGGAGAGCUACGGCGAGCCGCGCAAGAUCAGCACGGUGAAGAUCGAGCAUGUGAGCUACACCGAGCGCAAGCGCUACCAUCCGAAGGCCGAGGUGACGCACGAGGCAGAGGCCGAGCAGCUGCUGAAGUUCGGCACCACCGAGCAUGCCGACAUGGACGACCUGGUGGCGACCCUGGAGGAGGAGCUCCUGAGGCUGCCGCCGCCUCUCCAGCCACGCAAGCACUACGAGGAGCCGGAGAUGAGCCUGCAGAUCGCUGACCACGUCUGGGUGAAGGUGGACAAGGACGGCGCCGUCUCGGAGCAGGCGUCCGUCACCAAGAUCCACUGCCUGGCGUUCCUCAACGACGGCGCGGCCGACUGUUUCCUGGCGCUCAACGAUGAGCAGCUGCUCCUGCGAGACGCCAGCUAUGCCUCCGCCACCGGGGACGAGGAGGAGGAGGAGGGAGACGCGUGGAUGGAGAUUGCCGACGUUCACUUCCACAGCUGCGUGCGUGAGGCCGAGUUCCACAGCACGCGCCUGGUGAAGUUCUCGCCACCGGAUGCCUGCCGCGUGGAGCUGAUGCGCUUCAACACCACGCUGCCGGGCUGCACCGACCUGCCCUUCUCCUUGAAGGCUCUGGUCACCGUGCAGGGCGCAUACGUGGAACUGCAGGCCUUUGUCAACAUGUGCCCGGCGUUCUUUGGCAUUGGAGCGGUGAUGUCCGACUGCCAGUCCGUGUGUGAGAAUGUUACGGUGCGGGUGCCAGUGCCUGGGGAUUGGGUCAAGGUGUCACGCACAGUGUCCCUGCUGCGACAAAGGUCACUCAAGUCACGCAUGAACAGGAACGCCUCCUGCCUGGGCUCAGUCAACAUGCCAGAGUCCCAUCCGGUCAUGCAGGUGUCGGUCGGCACUGUUAAGUAUGAGAAUGUAUAUGGCGCUAUCGUGUGGAGGAUCGAGAGGCUACCUGCUAAAAAUACGGCACUGAACCAGCCGCACUCCUUCUCCUGCAAGCUGGAGCUGGGCUCGGACCAGGAGAUCCCGGUGGACUGGUACCCCUUUGCCACCGUGGAGUAUGAGGUGCCGGAGGCUGUGGCAUCCCAAACCAGGGUCCGCUCUUUGGGCACAGAGAGCGACAUCCAGCCUCAGAAGCACAUCAGCAGCAGGGCCUACUAUCACUGCCAGGUGGAGAUUGAGAAGAAGUGGAUUGAAACGGAGACUCAGAAACAGUCGAGCUGCAUGAUGCAGUGAAGCUUCAUCAGUAGCAGCAGCAGUAGCAGUAGCCUCGGAAGCAGCAUGGGAAGACUGCUGAGGCGGAUCCUUACAUGAACACUUAAGUUAAAGGGGCAUUCCACCGGUGGAGACAUGAAUAUGUAUUGAAAGUGGGUCAUAUAUGUAGUACAAUAGUAGCAUAACUUUCUAAUUUGGUGCCUUCUUGGCAGAGAAAAGGCAGAAAAUGACUUUUUAGUGCUUGUGGAUUUGUGACAACAAUCCCCAUAAUGCAUUGCAAUGCUCAAGUUCCACAGGCCACACCCAGGCAGCUCUGCCAGUAGCCCCAUACGACUUCUGUUGCUGUCGAUCAACAUUGACGAAGCACGUGAGCGAGAACUUGUUGUCACGAUGUGGGUGUUAUUAAAUACAGCGCAUUUAAAGUCGGCCACAAAUAUGAACGAGACGAUGAGCUCGCACCAGUUUGCUCUACUAACGCACCAUGUGUGAGGAGUGGGGGGACAGGCAGUAAGGAGGAGCUGAAGUGGGGAACUGCGCAAACUGGUGGAGGGGUGUGAGACAAGACUCAUAUACACACGUGAGUGAGUUGUUGACCAACCAGUUCAUGGGCGCGUGACCUCGGAGGCAGUCUGCAGACGAGCGUUGAAGGGGAUAAGCAACUGCAGAGGUUGCAAGAUCUGACUGCAGUCGCAUUCAUCCCGCGAUAGUUUGACACCAUGUGACAUGUCACCUCGUCAACGCAACAUUGACGAAAUUUCGAAGUUUGACAGGAAAUCUAACCGUCAUGCACAUGCAGCAUUUUCAUCCAGGGUGCAUUGCUGUCUAAAUGCGCAUGCAUGCGUUGACGACAAGUCGAUCGCACCUAGUGACUUACUGGAGCCUCAAUGCCAGUGAUUUCAAAAGCACUGGCACACUGAUCUGUGAUAGGUCUGUUAUCGCGUUAGGUCCAACCCCCUAUAGGCGGGGUUGAAAGGGUGGGAAAAAGGCUUGUAGUCUCAACAGAAAUCCACCUCUCUUACACUUCCUCCUACAAUGAUGCGAAAUGACGAUUUUUACAUCAUUGUAGGAGGAAGUGUUAAGAGAUUAAUACAGAUUUCUCCUGUCUCAGGGGGAAUUGAGAGAGGGUUGCACGACCAUUCAAAAGUAUGACUGGGUGAUUAGCAAUGGAAAGCCUAAUGCAAAUGGGUGGAGUGUCCCUUUAACUCAGUCAUGGAAGUAAGCUCCUUCAAAAAGUCGAGAAUCCCAAGAAAGCCGACCUAAAACCCAGGGAAGGUGGGAGUGAACAUUUGGUGACGCAAUGUCAGAUCGAUUAUCGAGGUUGAUCUCUGGCGGAAGUAUACAACAACGAGUUCCCGAGCUAAUGUUUUGUGUGACGACACACGCAUCAUCAACAUGGCGCCCAUGCAUGGAACUAGCAUGUAAACAGUAUCAUAAAUGCUAAAAUAUCAUCUUGUAAUCACUAUCAACAACACCAGUUGAUGUCAUUCAAUUGCAGAUGCACAUAUGUCAGUCAUGCUGGUCUCUGACUGUUUAAUUUAGCCAACUUAAGCUAAAAUGAUAUGUUGUGGGUGUGGAGGUUCAAGUGGAGGUGAAAAUAUGAAAAGAGAACCAAAACAAAAGACGGAUGAAUCCCGAUUGUUCCGGGAUCAGUGGCGUUCACUCGCCAAAGUCCAGAACUCGGUUGUCAGAUGAGCAGUGUCGUCAGCUGUCUCGAGAGGUCCCGAGAUCGUGAAGGCAACAUAAGAUUUAGGCUAAUCCCAUUGACCUCUGUUUUUCCUCCAUUUUUAUAAAAAAGAUGGCGGCGCAUGGUGCCUUUGACACACAGAUCCCCAUUGACAUGGUUCCAAAAUAGUUCCAGGAAAUGAGCGUUGAACACAGUGCAGUGAAGGUAAACGUAAUUCAUUUUCACAUCAGCUUUGCUUGUUAUACAGUGGUUCUACAUUAGUCACUAGCAAAAAAGAAAGCUGCUGCCUAUUGUUUGAAUAUACGUGAAUCAUGUCAUCAACCGACGUCCUGUACCCUGGUUGUCACAACUCUGAAUUCCAUGGCUCUGAGUAGACUUAUAGAAGAAAACAGUUGGAAAGGCUUUAAAAUCUUAUCUCUACGACUUACUUCAGUUGUAAGUACGUCUGGGAAGACUGCUUAACAGGAACAUCUCUAAAAUGGACAGUAGACCAGGGGUGGGGAACCUAUGGGUGCAUCCUAAUAUGCGGACUGGCUCCUCCCUUGUAUGCUUGUGGCCUCGCGAUGACGUCACUGACGACAGUGUAUUUCAAUUUUCAAUAUCUCACAAAAGCACGAUUCUAAUUUAAUUUUCUCAUUUGCAAUCUGUAUGGUGAAUGAAAAAUAGUCCCCCAAAAGUUGUUGUGGCUAGGCUGACAGCGGGGAAACUUUGUUGUUUUUUCCACAUAGGCGGGGCAUAGGGAUGCAAUUUAUCAACUAAUUCAUUAAUCGUUUGUUGAUUGACCUUAUCGAUCGACUUACGAUUCACUGGUAAGCAGCGUUUUUCCCUUGAAAUCUCAGUUUCCUGAAAAAAACUACUAAAUCUAAAAAUGUAAAUAAAAAAUCAAGAUACAUUUCUAAAUUUGAAUGUUUAAAUCCAAAGGUGAUUUAAAUAUUCCCACUAUUCCAUACCCCUCUUCACACACACUUUUCACAUGCCCAUUUCACCUGGGUCUCUUGUCAGUCGAAUUGGCGAUUAAUCGUGAUUAAGAUGUUUUAAUCAAUUAACACAUGAAUCGAUUAAAGUUGAUUAAUCGAUUAAUUGUUUGCAUCCCUAGUGGGGCAUCAGCGAAACCAAAAGCACAGGUCAAGGCUUGCAGCCGUCUUAUCUGGCCCUCCGACAUAAUGUUAUGCAGUUUCACAUGAAAUAAUGAUGUAUUUCUGAAAGCAAUGUUAGAAAUUACAUUUGCAAUAGAGCCAAGUUAUAUUUUCAGGGGACCUAGUGAAGCUGGGGUCUGUUGCAAAGGUUUAGGCAGUCAAAAUAGGCCUGAAGUGUAAGGGGAUUAGCCGGUGGGCCUGGAAUCAUAGCUCCUCAAGAAAAUUAGUCUUUUUCUCACUCUUGAGUGGCAACUUGAUUUUGCUAAUAUAACCUCCUGACAGUAUGUGUAAAGCAAUAUUCUGGCUGUUGCCACCCUGAAAAUGUUCAUUUUUCACACAAAGCACAGUCAAUGAGAUGUCUCCGCCCAUCAAAGUUGAAAAGGGAAUAUUUAUCCGCAUAUCGUGUUUUUUUCAUAGGCAGAUAAUUCGCCUAAUGGUUGAAACAACAUAGUCAUUUUCUCCUGGCCAAUUUUUUGUUACUGGAAAAAAUAACACAGCUUGCACUUCUUUACUGACAUAGUUUUACCCUAACUUCUCUUGAUAGAAAGGGCAUCCUUUAAUAACCAUUUCAAAUCACGGUAACCAAGGUUCUGUGAAUAAACUAAAUAGAAUUGAAGAUAUCACAUGUGAGCAAUACAAAACUAUCCAUUGUGGUAAAUCAUAAUGACGAGACUCUUGCAUGGUGUCAAUCUUCCUAUAAUUAAAAGGACACACCGUGCCAUUUUGAUAACAUAUUGCUUUUUUAAAAGAUAUUUUUUGGUCUUUUCGCCUUUAUUCCUGAUAGUACAGUGCAGAUGGUGACAGGAAGCAAGUUGGGAGAGGGAGACAGGGAAGGUUCGGCAAAGGACCCGGGCCAGGAAUUGAUGUGGGUUGGCCACAUAGCAAACGAGUGCCCUACCAUUUGUGCCACAGUAGGGCCAAUAACACAUUUGUAAAAGCCAUCUUUUACACUGAACACUUGUUUGCACAUCAAUGACAUUGCUUCUCUACUGUAGUCUUUCCAUAGUUCAUAAUUCGCUCGCUGUUAUGUUUUUGAGCGAACAAUCAACCUGUCAUCUCAUUGCUCUUUUGCUUUGAGGGGACAGGUUCUCUUCUUUUUAACAUUUCUCUCUCACUGCCUAAUGAAGGUCGGACAACCAAACACUAACAGCAAAAAAGAGCACUUCUAAAAAUUUGAGGGAAAUAUUUUUUUGCACGUAGACUACCAUCAAAUCCACUUGCCAUCAAAUCUGACAGGGUCAUCCCUAUGUUCCCCGGGUCCUAUGUUCCCCGCAACCGGGGAACUUGGGACCCUUUUUCAGACAAGGGUUCUAUGCUCCCCGCUACUUCCAAGUAGACUGCUGCCACAUAGCAAAGCGCAGGUUGUUGUUGCACCUGUGACAGGUUAGGUUUAGUUUUGGUCAGGGCACAAAUUUACAACUCAGAAACAUUGCAUUACUGACAGGUUAGGUUUUGGGAAGGGCACAAUUUGAAAACUCUGAAACAUUGCAUUACUGACAGGUUAAGUUUAGGGAUGGUUUUGGGAAGUGUUAAAUACAAUGUGGGGAACAUAGAACCCUUUUUUUAUUUUUUAGAAAAGUUCCCCGGUCCUAUACAAAGAUUGGGGAACAUAGGACCCGGGGAAUAUAGGACUUGGGGAACGUAGGUAUGCUCCCAGUCUGGUAGCUCCGGGUAGCAUGCGUGUGCUAGCUGCAUUCUGCCCCAUUGACUUUGCAUUGAAGUGACGUGACACGGGCGGCUAGUUUUUGUUAUGAUUUUGUAUAAAUCAAUGUGCAAGUUUCGAGGGUGGCCACAGCCAAAAUAUUGAGUAAUGAGUUGUCAGGGGUUUAUAUAAGCAAAAAUAAAGUUGCCAGUCGCUACUACAAACAAACGAGAUAUCAUGGUGUGCAAUAUACCACGGCCCUUGGAGGACUUUAUAAAAUUUGAACUGGCCCCUUGAAUAUAAAAGGUUGCCCACCCCUGCAGUAGAUGGAUAGAGGGAAACAAAGUUGGAGAGGCUUUAAAACUAUUUAUGUAGGACUUACUUAUGUAGUAAGUACCUGUUGAAAGACUGCUUAACAUGGGCCCUCCAUAGACGGAGACAAACCUAGUUAGACAGGCUUUUUAAAAGUGCCUGUUGGACUUGCUUGAGUAGUAACACUUUUAUCAAAAAACAUCACAAAACACCAAUCUGUUCUUUAACCAAUUGUAUUUCUCCAGCAUGAAUUCAGGAUGUACGUAUGUUACAUGAUGACGAUACAGUACCACAAAACUGUUGGUUGUUGUUGGUCUGGUAAACCAGCGCCUGGUAACUUCACUUCACUCUGUACACAUCUGUACACACUCUGUAUACUACAUGGUCUAGCUUCUGUCUACAUUGGUAGAGUAUGGUCUGAACUGGUGUAAUUUUACCCAACAUAUUAACUUUUGAUGAAGGUAUCAAACAUAUUUGAAUUGUAUUGUGUAGGCAGGAGGAACGUUUAGUGAUCUUGUCAACUGUGUACGGAAUUUGAAUUGCAGUACACAGGGCCGCUCACAUGUUUGGCCAGGCCAGUGACAAAGUCAUCUGAAAAGGACCCCCCCACACAC